AUGGGUUCCCAAGUAGAUGAUCAUGGCGACCAAUGUUCACAACUAAGAGAUGAAACCAAUGUCUCGGAUGAGUAUCUUGGUGGGAAUAGUAAAGAAAGUAACAGAGAGAGUUCUCAGAUUGAACCUAAAGGGAAUUUGAAACGAAGCAAAGGACAAAACAAAGAAACGUGGGGAAAAUCAAAAAUCCGUAGCACAAACCUAAUGAAACGCACCAGGGAAGUGUCUUCAGGUCACAGGAAAGGCCAAAACAAAGAAACAUGGGAAGUAUCAAAACUCCGUAGCACAAAACCAAAGAAACUUACCAAGGAAGUGUCUUCAGAUAAAAUGUUUGAACAUCUAUGUGUAUGGUUUGUUUUAUUCAUUGCUGGCAUAGGAUUGUACUUUUAUUCAUACAUUUCAAAGACCGAUACCAUAAACCAUCCAUUGAAAAUUCCAAAAGUUAAUUCGAAAUUGACAACGUCUGCUAAAAGAAACUCUAAAUAUUUUUGGGGGUCAUAUCGAGCAAAUCUUUAUUUUGGAUUAAAAACACGUUCGCCUAGAUCUCCGGUCGUAGGUCUGAUGUGGAUGAAACAAUUUCCAGAUCCUAGAAAACAGGGGUCUAAUAAAUUACGACACUGGUGCAAGGAAGAUGAUGAGUUGGUAAAAUAUGGAUGGCUGAGACAUGACGGUUUGAGUUUUGGCAUUCAUGAGGUGGAGGAGGAAGAAUUUAUAUUCAACACAACAUUUGUGAAACGUCAAGUUGGACAUCAUGGAGGGGAGUGGUCUGCAAGAAUAACAGCUUUUUCAACGAACCAAAAGAAUGCUCCUGUGGUAUCAUUUUUUACAUACACUGCGCUGGAUAAACAUGGAAACCUGUCUUACUUUAAAAAUAAUGGUGAACCAGCAAUUGUUGGUAGCAGUGAAGAACUUGGAGACUUUCAUAUUUCUUUCAAAAUAUCAACCGAUUCCCGAAUAAUAGUGCAUGAUUCUUUUGAAGGUCAUGUAUCUGGAUUGGAUGUUUUAGAUGAGACCCUUUCAAAACAUUUUGUACCUAAACCUUUAGUUGAAAAUAAGGUAUACAAUGCACUUAAAGGGACUAAUGAGACGGAUCGUGGUAUAAAUUUUGUGGUUCACCAAAUAACAGCCGAAUUACCACUUAAGUUUGAUAUUAUUUUUAAAUCAAAUAGUUUUCGUUCAGAAAAUAUUCUUCAAGGUGAUAAACUAACUCGAGAGAUAGAAAAACGUUCUGGAGAAUUUGACAAAAAGUUUUCUUCUGUUUUUGAUUUGGAAUCAAAAAGAUACACGCUAAAAGCCAUCAACUUUGCGAAAGCAACAUUGAGUAAUAUGCUAGGGAGCAUUAGCUACUUCCAUGGUUCAUCUCAAAAGGAUGGAUACCCAGAGAACAGAUACUUGGAGAGGAAGCAGAAGCUAAAGUUCCAUCUGAAUUUAUUGUGCAAAGAAACAACAUUGCAAACCCACCUUCUCUUUUUCUAG